GUCGAGAAGGGCGCCGAGGUCAACAUGCAGGAUGGAGAGUACAGCAACGCACUCCAGGCAGCUUCGUACAGAGGUUACGAGGCGAUUGUGAAGCUGCUGCUCGAUAAGGGCGCCGACGUCAACGCGCAGGGUGGAUGCUUCGACAACGCACUCCACACGGCUUCACGGAUGGGCAGAGAAGCGGUGGUGAAAAUGCUAAGAGAAAGGGAUGUAAUUAAAGUCAUUCUGACGAGCAAACGUCGAGCGAGGUUGGUCUGCAACAGGCAGCACAUCUAA